AUGAUGAUGAUGUCCCUGAACAGCAAGCAGGCGUUCAGCAUGCCGCACGGCAGCAGCCUGCACGUGGAGCCCAAGUACUCGGCACUGCACAGUGCCUCUCCCGGCUCCUCCGCUCCUGCGGCGCCCGCGGCCAGCUCUCCCAGCAGCUCCAGCAAUGCUGGCGGCAGUGGCGGCGGUGGCGGCGGAGGCCGGAGCAGUAGCUCCAGCAGCAGUGGUAGCGGCGGCGGAGGGGGUUCCGAGGCGAUGCGGAGAGCGUGUCUUCCAACCCCACCGAGCAAUAUAUUCGGCGGGCUGGAUGAGAGUCUGCUGGCCCGCGCCGAGGCUCUGGCGGCCGUGGACAUCGUCUCCCAGAGCAAGAGCCACCACCACCACCCGCCCCACCACAGCCCCUUCAAGCCCGACGCCACCUACCACACCAUGAACACCAUCCCGUGCACGUCCUCUGCCUCCUCAUCGUCGGUGCCCAUCUCGCACCCGUCCGCGCUGGCGGGCACGCACCACCACCACCAUCACCACCACCACCACCACCAUCAGCCACACCAGGCGCUGGAGGGAGAGCUGCUGGAGCACCUGAGUCCCGGGUUGGCGCUGGGUGCCAUGGCGGGCCACGACGGCGCCGUGGUAUCCACGCCAGCUCAUGCGCCGCACAUGGCUACCAUGAACCCCAUGCAUCAAGCAGCGCUCAGCAUGGCCCACACUCACGGGCUGCCCUCACACAUGGGCUGCAUGAGCGACGUGGACGCCGACCCCCGGGACCUGGAGGCAUUCGCCGAGCGCUUCAAGCAGCGACGCAUCAAGCUGGGGGUGACCCAGGCUGAUGUGGGCUCCGCGCUGGCCAACCUCAAGAUCCCCGGCGUGGGCUCGCUGAGCCAGAGCACCAUCUGCAGGUUUGAGUCCCUCACGCUGUCGCACAACAAUAUGAUCGCGCUCAAACCCAUCUUGCAAGCAUGGCUCGAGGAGGCCGAGAAGUCCCACCGCGAGAAGCUCACCAAGCCAGAGCUCUUCAACAGCGCAGAGAAGAAGCGCAAACGCACAUCCAUCGCGGCGCCGGAGAAACGCUCGCUGGAAGCCUACUUCGCCAUCCAGCCGCGGCCCUCCUCCGAGAAGAUCGCCGCCAUCGCGGAGAAGCUGGACCUUAAGAAAAACGUGGUGCGCGUCUGGUUCUGCAACCAGAGGCAGAAACAGAAAAGAAUGAAAUAUUCUGCGGGCAUUUAG